GUCCCGUGGCAGCCGGGCCCGGAGCGGCGGCGAUGGACGACCACAGCCUGGACGAGUUCCGCCGGCGCUGGCAGGAGGAGCUGGCGCAGGCCCAGGCGCUCCGGAAGCGGCGGCGGCCGCGGCGGCCCGAGGUGGCCGCGGGGCGUGGCGAGCAGGCCUCGGGGUACCUGGCGCUGGCCCAGGGCCUCCUGGAGGGGGCGGGGCGGCCCCCCGCGCCGCGGGCGACCCGGGCCGAGAGGCAGGACGCGGCGAGCCGCUCCCGCUCCCCGCCGGCCCGCGAGGAGCAGCUGGUGGACCAGCUCAUCCGCGACCUGAAUGAAAUGGAUGACGUGCCCUUCUUUGAUAUCCAGCUACCUUAUGAGCUGGCAAUCAACAUAUUUCAGUAUCUGGACAGGAAAGAACUUGGAAGGUGUGCACAGGUGAGCAAGACGUGGAAGGUGAUUGCAGAAGAUGAAGUGCUCUGGUACCGGCUGUGCCAGCAGGAAGGGCACCUUCCCAAGAGCAGCAUCUCUGAUUAUUCUUGCUGGAAGCUCAUCUUUCAAGAGUGCCGAGCCAAGGAACACAUGUUAAGAACCAACUGGAAGAAUCGCAAAGGCGCGGUGAGUGAACUGGAACACAUUCCUGACGCAGUUUUGUGUGAUGUGCAUUCCCAUGAUGGCGUUGUCAUUGCCGGAUAUACAUCAGGGGACGUGAGGGUGUGGGACACCCGCACCUGGGACUACACAGCCCCUUUCCUGGAAUCAGAGUAUGAGGAGGAUGAGCCUGGAAUGCAGCCAUAUGUCUCCUUUGUGAGGAUAAACAGCUCGCUGGCGGUAGCAGCUUAUGAGGAUGGAUUUCUUAAUAUUUGGGAUCUAAGGACUGGAAAGUAUCCUGUCCAUCGUUUUGAGCAUGACGCAAGAAUACAGGCACUAGCCCUCAGCCAGGAAGAUGCAACUGUUGCCACAGCUUCUGCUUUUGAUGUUGUGAUGUUACGCCCCAAUGAGGAGGGGUAUUGGCAAAUCACUGCUGAAUUUGAAGUUCAGAAACUGGUUGACUACCUUGAAAUAGUACCAGAUACUGGAAGGUACCCUGUGGCAGUGGCCACGGCUGGAGAUCUGGUAUACCUGCUAAAGGCUGAAGACUCUGCCAGAACCCUCCAUUAUGUGUACGGCCAGCCAGUCACAUGUCUGGAUGUCUCAGCCAACCAGGCUGCUUUUGGUGUGAAGAGUCUAGGAUGGGUAUACGAAGGAAACAAGAUCCUGGUGUACAGCCUGGAAGCAGAACGCUGCCUCUCAAAGCUUGGUAAUGCACUUGGUGAUUUCACGUGCGUCAACCUCAGGAACAGCCCUCCCAGCCUCAUGGUCAGUGGCAACAUGGACAGGAGGGUGAGGAUCCAUGACCUCCGCACUGACAAAAUCGCCCUGUCACUCUCUGCCCACCAACUGGGAGUGUCUGCGGUGCAGAUGGACGACUGGAAGAUAGUCAGCGGAGGCGAGGAAGGCCUGGUCUCGGUGUGGGAUUAUCGCAUGAGCCAGAAGCUGUGGGAAGUGCACUCCAGGCACCCCGUUCGUCACCUGUCCUUCAACAGCCACAGCCUCAUCACGGCCAACGUGCCCUACGAGAGGGUGGUGCGCAACACUGACCUGGACAACUUCACCACUCACCGGAGACACCGAGGGCUGAUCCAUGCCUACGAGUUUGCAGUGGACCGGCUGGCCUUCCAGAGUGCGCUGCCCGUCUGCCGAGCGUCCUGUGACUCCGCGGCAGGCUACAACUAUGACCUUGCGCUCGCCUUUCCCUAGGGCCACCGUUAGGGGACAGCCUCCUUGGGAGCACGGAGAGGAGUGGGUGGAACCAGAGCUGAUGGAUUUUACCACGACCAAGGAGCUCUGCACCAGGUUUUUAACACCUGGGGAAGAAAGCAAUCCCAGGGUGCACUUGUCUGACCCCACCGGUUCUUGAACUUUCUGCUAUUACUGCCUGUGGAGAGCUAGAGUUUGUCAGGGCUUGUGUCCUCUUACUCUGUUUUCUCUCCCUGGGUACUGUACUCCUCCUCGCUGUAGCUCUGAGUACCACCCACUGGCGCCUCCACCUAUCCCUCCUUCCACCUCCACCCUGCACCUGCUGCCUGCCCCAGCUGGGACCCUCUCUCCUCCCCACACUGUCAGUACACUACAAUGCAGGGCCCUGCUCGUCCUGCUCCAGUCUUCAGGGGGCCUGGGGCUGUGGUCUCUGAGCUUACAGGGCCCCAACCUCCCCCGGAUCAGAGAUCACCUGUUCAUUCUGGGUGGUCUUUGAUACCACCACCCAGUGGAAACCUAGGAUAGCAGCACUGUCUCCUCAUAGUUUUUACCAUAAUCUGUAAUUAUAUAUUUGUACACUUAUUGCAUUAAGGACUGUUUACUGUUGUGUCCACAACAUGUGAUACAAAGUAGAUUUUUUCUACCUAUUUGUUGCAUAAACAGCCCUCCUCCACAUAGGACAGAAGAGCAAGAGCUGGGGGAGAAACCCUUACCCUGAACCACUGUGCUAAAGCAGGGCAGCAUCAAGGAGCUCUUCAGUGUGAGAAGUAGCUUCCAUUUCCAAAGGAUUCAUUGCAUUCCUCUUGAUUUAGACUCUUCUGAGCAGUGGCCACCUAAUAUUCCUUCAAAAUAUUAAAGCCCAAAUUGAUAGAACUACAAAGAUAAAGUCCAUGUUCCUAGUGGGUGAUCAACAGAUACAAUCAUUAAAAAAAAGGAAGGAUUCAGAGCAUUUACUUAAUAGAAUUUACAAGCAUGAUCCAACAGAUCAAUGUUUUACACCUUUUUAAAUAUCCAUAGACCAUGCACAGUAAAUGGCUGUCUGAAGACCACAAGGACAAACAAUCUCAGAUUGCACAAGGGUACAUCCAGCCAAGUUCAGUGACCCCCUAAUACAAUAAAAUUAGAUAAAGUGAAAAACAAAAAUGGAAGAUGUGAACGCCACUCCCACCCCCCGGAUCAGGGUGACCAUGAAAGCACUGAAUAUCAAAACCCCAGGGGGAGGCCAGAGUGGACAGAGAGAAGGAUGGCUUGAAAAACAGGCUAAAGAUAAAUGGAUAGCUGUCACCUCACACAGUGACUCCAGAGGAAGGAAUUAGCUAAAAACUUGAUGGAACAGAAAACCAACAAAUCGUAAAGUUAAUCAUAAUGCCAAAACCCCACACUUGACCCAUUUUACACUGGACCAGCUUUUUUUGAAAAGCCAAAAUAGACCAUUUUUUGGACAGUGUGGGGAAGGAAGGGGGAGAGUCCUAAGCAAACUUCCCCCUGAGCACGGGGCCCAACACAGGACUCGAUCCCACGACCCACCCCACUGAGUCACCCAGGUGCCCCUAAAAUACACAACUCUUGAUGCUAAAUAAAUAAAUAAUAAAAAGGCACAAGGGGCUGUGAGAAACAGAAAAAGGAGUAAUUAUGGACAUGAGAUUUUCAGGGUGCCUACACUAAUCUGAGAGAGAAACGAAGCUUUCCUGCUAUACACGAGUAUGUGGAAGUAGGAGAUGCUGUGAAGUCCGCGGAAGUCUUCAGCUCACUUAAGAUGUUCAUUAAAAACCCACAUGCAACUCAACAGGACAGUGGAACCAGAGAAAGGGCUGCAACUGGGGCUCAUCACUGAAGCCCCCGAGCAGUGCCCCCUUCCCUGGCAGGCAGCUUUGUCAGGACCAGUCUUCUGCUUCCUUUCAACCAAAUUACUUCACAGAUGAAGCUCGUCUGCAGUUAGCAGAUGAAGUAUUUUAUUUACUCCUGUUGUCAUGUGGGACUCUGACCUCCUCGUGACCUCGCUCUGUAAGGUUUUCAUCUCUCGCAGCCUUAAUGCAACCAGACCACUAAGUAAAACAUUUUUCUUUUAUGAAGCAGGCCCUUCCAGUUUGAUUUCACUGCUCAUUUUACAGACACGUUCACGCUUUCCGGCCAUUAAAGGUAAUUGAAGACCCAGAAAAUUUUACCAAACUAAAAAUAGUUUUAAACGAUUGUCAUUCGCUGCCAGCAACUAGCCCAGUGUAAAAUGUCACGAUUAUAGGGGUUUUCUUACCUCCCCAAACUGUUUAGACCGUCUCCCAUUAAGGAGAAUUGCCUGGUUUUGUGAAGGAGGGCUUAUCAGAUCCAGAUUGAAAUCUCAGGCAGUGUUUUCUGCUGCAAAGUCUGCGUCCUGGAAGAUGGGGAAAGGAGCGCAGGGUUCUUCCUCUAUAAAUCAACAUUUACCCAGCAGUUUAGAAAACACCUUUAGCCCACGUCCACCCCUUCCGUUCAUCCCACCUUACCUUAAUCCCUGCUGGCUAGUUUGAGGGAGCCUCUUUGCAAGUUUGGAGUUGUGAGCAGAUGUAUCAUUUCCUUUUCUUCGGCUCUUCCGUUGCCCAGACUUCCCCCUCCAGCUCCCCCAUAGGGAUAAGAAACUCCUGUGCCACUGGGGGAGCCAGAGGGCCCAACACCAGAGCUCUUGUAUCUUAAAACAUCGUCUGCCUUUUGCUUAUACUUUAUAAAAUGUCAGUUCAAAUAAUAAAUUUUUUAAAUCUG